AGCAUCUCCUACUAUUUUUUUAUGAAAGCUACAUCAGCUAAAACUGUCAAACGUAUUCAUUUGCAACGUUUUAGCCACUCACAAUAGAUUAGAUCUUUGUCUGUGUCCCCUAACUAUCUGAGAUAUCUCUACGACUGUCAAAUCAAAUAAGUAACUUUUUGACAAUUCCUUGGUUGUCUUUCUCGUCCACCAAAGCCUCGCGUUGCUUGUGUCCCAUGACGCUUGAUUCAUGAGCCGACUCGUAUCAUAAACCGAGAGCCAAUUUUCUGGAAAUAUACGUGCUCUCUCCCUUUAUUUUUCUACGACCUUCAAAAGACACUUGCGUAGUUACCGUUUAUAAACCAGUGGUGUCUUUGAGGGCUUUCUCCAUCAACUGUGGAGACUAGGCUACUGGCCACCCACAUCAUUGUGAUCACCUUCAUUACCUGCCAGUUUAGGAUGCAACGAUGUACUUGUCAUGCUGCUUCUCACUAAUGUCUCAGGUAGGAAGUGAACCGGAGGACGUCACAGAGGAGGGAUGCCUGUAGAGAGUGGAAGCAGUGCCGCCGCCCGUCACACCAAGCAGAAGCGCAAGUCCCACAGCCUGUCCAUUCGGCGCAGCAACAGCACUGACCAGGAGCAGCGCACAGUGACAGGCAUGCAGAGAGAUAUGCUGGACGGACAGGACUCCAAGUUGCCUCUAUCCUUGCGGAGCAAUCUACUAGACCUGUUUGGCCAGAUAGAGCGGGAGUUUGAGAAUCUCUACAUCGAAAACUUAGAAUUGCGCCGGGAAAUUGAUACACUCAACGAGCGCCUAGUAUCCGAAGGACAAACUAUCGAUGGAGGAGAGCUGAGCAAAGGAGCUCUGAAAGCGAAAGCCAGUCACAGUACCAGCCAGCUCUCUCAGAAACUGAUGACCACGUACAAAGCCUCCACGAGCAAGAUAGUGUCGAGUUUCAAAGCCACCACGUCCAGAGCUGUGUGUCAGAUCCUGAGGGAGUAUGUGGGCCACCGGGAUGGCAUCUGGGACCUGGCGGUCACACGGAACUCACCUGUGGUUCUUGGGACCGCAUCAGCAGACCACUCUGCUGCUCUGUGGAGUAUAGAGACAGGAAAAUGUCUGCUUAGAUAUGCUGGCCAUGCCGGAUCAGUCAACUCCAUCAAGUUUCACCCUACGGAACAGAUGGCCCUGACAGCGUCUGGGGACCAGACGGCUCACAUCUGGCGCUACAUGGUGCAACUGCCCGUCAUCCCGCCUCUAGCAGAUAUCAGCGCACUGUGUGACGACGAGCUGGACUUCUCAGACAGGGAGGAUGGUGACGGGGACGGGGAGGGUCCGUGCAGUGAGGUCCCCACCAUCCGCGUGGCCACCACCACCUUGAAGAGCCACCAAGGGGUGGUCAUCGCUGCAGACUGGCUGGUAGGGGGCAAGCAGGUGGUCACUGCUUCCUGGGACCGGGCUGCCAACCUAUAUGAGGUCGAGACCUCAGAGCUGGUCCACACACUGACAGGCCACGACCAGGAGCUGACCCACUGCUGUACCCAUCCAAGCCAGCGUCUGGUGGUCACCUCGUCCAGAGACACCACCUUCCGUCUGUGGGACUUCAGAGACCCCUCCAUCCACUCUGUUAACGUGUUUCAGGGACACACCGACACGGUGACGUCAGCUGUGUUCACAGUGGGGGACAACGUGGUUUCGGGGAGUGACGAUCGCACCGUCAAGGUGUGGGACUUGAAGAACAUGAGGUCGCCCAUAGCAACCAUCCGCACGGACUCUGCUGUUAACAGGAUAAGUGUCUCAGCCAACCAAAGAAUCAUCGCUCUCCCACACGACAAUCGGCAAGUCAGGCUGUUUGACAUGACUGGAGUAAGACUGGCACGACUACCACGCAGCAACAGACAGGGUCAUCGACGCAUGGUGUGCUGCUCGGUGUGGAACGAGGAGAAUGCGUCAUGUAACCUGUUCACCUGUGGCUUCGACCGGCAAGCCAUCGGAUGGAACAUAAACAUCCCAGCUCUGCUGCAGGAGAAGUGAUGCAGGACAAGUGACACACACACUGCACAUACACGGGCGUGCAGACACACACACACACACACACACUACACACAUACCACUGUAUUUGAUGUAUAUUAUCUCCAUCCACUUUGCAUGGACUGAGUGUUUUUGUGUGUUUUAAUGGAGAGGACAAAGUCAUAUUUUAAACCCAUCUAUAUAUGUAAAAAUAUAUUUGGUUGACUACAGAAAACACACUACUUCUAUGGUGUUGUUUACUGCUGAUGAACAUGAAUGGGUGAAUAGCAAGCCCUAGUUGAUCUUGCAUGCACUCAAACUCCCGUCAAUGUAUUUGUAAAACUGUCUGAAGAACGAUAGGAGAGGCAAUACAUUUGUACCAUGCAUAUCAUAUGGUGGCCUGGUCUAACCCAGAUGGAUGAUCUUUGCACUGAGUGGGUAAUCUUGGCUGUUUUCACCCUCUUUGGCCUGCAUGAUCAAGGGCUAGGAGUUUACUAUACUGUAUCAUCUAGAGACCUACACAUUUGACCUACUGAGUUGUUUUGAGUCAGUCACAUUUUACACUGUCCAUUGUACAGAUUUCCUUUUAAAAACACAUUUAAACAAUUGUUUGCCAUGCUGUUAGGAUACAUCUGCCUUGUUCUUUCUGUACUGUGUAGUACUCAAUAUGACUAUGUGGGUGUACUGUAGAUUUGACAAUAGGGAACCUGCAAUGAUGUUUUUUUGCAAGAAAAUUCAUUCAUGCAUGCAGCAGCAAUGGGGCUUGUUCAAUAUCAUAUUUCACAUUUCCUCCAUGGGUCCCAAUGUGCUGAUAUGGUUACUGGUCACCUGCUUAGAUAAAUAUGCUUGACUGAUAUUGAUGUUUGCUGUACAUAGAUCUCAAUGAAAAUGAUAGAUGAUCA